UUAGAACUGGCCACUUGCUCACUCGGUCUCCACUCAGUCUCACUUAAGCAAUGACUGGAUGUCUGAUCUUUUCCUUCUAUAGUCCACUAUAAGCUCCUUGGUCUUAUUGGUGUUAAGGACCAAGUUAUUGUCACCACACCACGAAAGCAACUGGUCCACCUCAUUUUUAAAUCAAGAUAGGUUGAUAAAGUGAAUAAGAUUUGAUGAUUAAGAUUGCAUUCUAAAUGCUAAAUCUACUUUGAUGUUUUGAUUAGCUACAUGCAUUAUGUUUGUAGAGGACUGAAUAUUUCUUCGGUUUGUCUUUCGACUUUUGGGUCCACAUAACUGUUAUUUUCAUGUUUCUUCUCUAGGGAUCUAACAUCACAGACACUUGCACAGAAAUGCUGAUGUGUGGUGUUUUGUUGAAAAUUUCAGCAGGAAAUAUACAAGAACGAGUGUUCUUUCUUUUUGACAAUCUUUUGGUCUAUUGCAAAAGAAAGCAUAGACGACUGAAAAACAGCAAAGCUUCUUCAGAAAGUCAUCGAUACUUUUUCCGAGGAAGAAUAAAUACAGAGUUGAUGGAAGUUGAGAAUGUUGAUGAUGGCACAGCGGAUUAUCACAGCAGUGGUCACAUUGUUCUCAACGGUUGGAAGAUACACAACACAGCAAAGAAUAAAUGGUUUGUGUGUAUGGCCAAAACAUCUGAAGAAAAGCAUGAAUGGCUUGAAGCUAUCCUAAAAGAAAGGGAAAGAAGAAAAGGGUUAAAACUUGGUAUGGAACAAGAUACAUGGGUGAUGAUUUCUGAACAAGGAGAAAAACUUUACAAAAUGAUGUGCAGACAAGGGAAUUUGAUCAAAGACCGAAAGAGGAAAUUAACCACUUUUCCAAAAUGUUUCCUUGGAAGUGAGUUUGUAUCUUGGUUAUUGGAAACUGGAGAGAUUCACAGACCCGAAGAAGGUGUUCAUCUCGGUCAGGCUUUGUUAGAGAAUGGCAUUAUCCACCAUGUUACAGACAAACAUCAGUUUAAACCUGAACACAUGCUCUAUAGAUUCCGUUAUGAUGAUGGCACAUAUUAUCCAAGAAAUGAAAUGCAGGAUGUAAUUUCAAAGGGUGUAAGAUUAUAUUGUCGUCUUCACAGUCUGUUUACUCCUGUGAUAAGAGAUAAGGAUUACCAUUUAAGAACCUAUAAAUCUGUCAUAAUGGCUAAUAAAAUGAUAGACUGGCUAAUUGCACAGGGGGAUUGCAGAACAAGAGAAGAAGCAAUGAUCUUUGGAAUAGCACUUUGUGACAAUGGAUUUAUGCAUCAUGUUCUGGAAAAAAGUGAAUUCAAAGAUGAACCACUUUUAUUCCGUUUUUUUGCGGAUGAAGAAAUGGAAGGCUCCAACAUGAAACACAGACUUAUGAAGCAUGACUUAAAAGUAGUGGAAAAUGUAAUUGCAAAAUCGUUGCUGAUCAGAUCAAGUGAUGGAAGUUAUGGUUUUGGUUUGGAAGACAAAAACAAAGCACCAAUUGUGAAAAUAGUGGAAAAGUGCUCAAAUGCUGAGGUGGCAGGUCUAGAAAUUGGGAAAAAGAUCUUUACCAUUAAUGGUGACCUAGUUUUUCUAAGGCCCUUCACUGAAGUGGAUAGCUUUCUGAAAGCAUGUUUAAACAGUAAAAAGCCCCUCAGGGUACUUGUGAGCACAAAACCAAGGGAGACAGUUAAGAUUCCUGAUUCUGUGGAUGGACUUGGAUUUCAAAUACGAGGCUUUGGCCCUUCUGUUGUUCAUGCUGUUGGAAAAGAUCCUUGAAGCUCUAGCAAAAAGUGAUGAGCAAUUUGUGCAAAACUGUAGCAGCUUAAAUAGUAUCCAUGAAGUAAUUCCUACCAAUCUUCAGAGCAAAUUCAGUGCCAUUUGCAGUGAAAAAAUAGAGCACAUUUGCAGAAGGAAUACAAGUUAUAAAAAGUUUUCACGGGUCCUAAAAAAUCGAGCUUGGCCUACUUUCAAGCAAGCUAAGUCAAAGAUCUCACCACUGCAUAGCAGUGAUUUCUGUCCAACCAAUUGCCAUAUCAAUGUUAUGGAAGUCUCAUACCCUAAAACGUCAACGUCACUUGGCAGUGCCUUUGGUGUUCAGCUUGAUAGCAGAAAACAUGAAAAAGAAAACAGACAUAUGGAGCAAGGUAAACUGAAUCCCAUGGUUUAUAUACAACAUACUAUAACAACCAUGGCCGCUCCAUCAGGUCACUCAUUAGGUCAACAGGAUGGCCAUGGUUUAAGGUACCUAUUAAAAGAAGAAGAUUUAGAAACAGAAGACAUCUAUCAGAAACUGUUAUGCAAAUUACAGAGUACAUUAAAGGAGAUGGAAAACUGUGUUUUUCAAAUAGAUGACCUUCUCUCUUCAAUAACAUAUUCUUCAAGUUCACAACAUACAAACCAUGAAUUGUUAAUGUCAACAGACAGUGAUAAUGAAAAAGGAGAACGCAAUGGAAAAAAAGUAUGCUUCAAUGUAGUAAGUGAUGAGCAGGAAGAUUCUGGUCAUGACACUAUAAGCAACCGGGAUUCAUAUAGUGAUUGCAACAGCAACCGGAAUUCUACUGCUUCUUUUACCAGUAUUUGCAGUAGCCAAUGCAGUUCUUAUUUUCAUAGUGAUGAAAUGGAUUCAGGUGAUGAACUUCCUCAGAGCAUUUGCAUUUCUCAUGAUAAGCAGGAUAAACUUUAUGGUUGCUUGGAACAUCUUUUUGGCCAGGUAGAUUCAAUUAUUAAUCUAUUGAAAGGUCCAGCAGUGGCAAGAGCUUUUGAGCAAACUAAGUUCUUCACCCCUGGUCGAAGUUUUCAAGAAUUUCAACAAGAAAUUGAACUUAAGGUGAACUGCCCAAAGAAACUGAGGCUUCAUAUUAAACAAGAUCCUUGGAACCUCCCCAGCAGUGUUCAAAACCUUUCUCAAAGCAUCCGAAAAUUUGUUGAAGAGGUAAAAGCAAGAGUCCUUCUGGCACUUCUUGAAUAUACAGAUAGUGAGAUACAGCUCAGGAGAGACAUGGUCUUCUGCCAGUCUCUAGUUGCUACAGUUUGUGCAUUUUCAGAGCAAUUAAUGGCUGCCUUAAAUCAUAUGUUUGACAAUGGCAAGGAGUGUGAAAUGGAAACACAAGAGGCCAGUAGGAGAUGGUUGGAACAGAUAUCUACUGCAGGUGUUCUCCUUUACUUCCAGUCACUGCUGUCACCAAACCUGACUGAUGAACAAGCUAUGCUAGAAGACACAUUGAUUGCAUUAUUUGACUUGGAGAAAGUUACAUUUUAUUUUAAACAUUCUGAACAGGAACCUUUAGUAGCAAAUAUGCCAUUCACAUAUCAAGCAGAAGGAAGUCGGCAAGCUAUGAAAAUUUAUUUUUAUCUUGAUAGUUACAGUUUUGAACAGCUUCCUCAAAGGCUGAAAAAUGGUGGAGGUUUUAAACUUUACCCAGUUCUAUUUGCACAAGCCUUGGAAAGUAUGGAAGGAUAUUAUUAUAGAGACAAUGUAUCAGUAGAAGAAUUUCAAGCCCAGAUUAAUGCAGCUUCAUUGGAAAAAGUAAAACAGUAUAACCAAAAACUUAGAGCAUUUUAUCUGGACAAAGCAAACAUUCCUCCUAAUUCAACAUCAAAGGCUGCUUAUAUAGAUAAGCUAAUGAGGCCUAUCAAUUCUUUGGAUGAGCUUUACCGAUUAAUGACAUCUUUCAUAAGAUCCAAGCGCACAGCAGCCUGUGCUUACACAGCUUGUGGUGCUUCUGGAGUUGGACUACUGUCCAUCUCUUCAGAACUCUGCAGCCGGCUGGGAGCUUGCCAUAUCGUCUUAUGUAACAGUGGAGUUCACCGUUGCACUCUGAGCAUCACUUUAGAGCAAGCAAUAAUUCUUGCUCGGAGUCAUGGUCUACCUCCUCGCUAUAUCCUCCAAGCUACAGAUGUGAUGCGCAAGCAAGGAGCAAGAGUUCAAAAUACUGCAAAGAAUUUAGGAGUUAGGGACCGAACACCACCAUCUGCUCCAAGAUUGUACAAACUAUGUCAGCCACCCCCACCUGUUGGAGAAGAGUAAAGAUUCUUAUCGGAGGAUUAAUCAAUAUACCAGUUUCCACAAAGAGAAGGAUAAUAGUCUUUUGAGUAUGGAUACAGAACCCUUUCUGCUUAAACGUGACUAUGUAAAUAAAAGAGUAAUGACUUCUGUUGGGGAAAAAUAAUAUCUGGAUUUACUGUGCAUGUUCUGUGAAUGUAUUCUUUGGGAUGUUUUUAAGUGCUUAAUUCAGCAAUACCAAUUGUUCAACAAAGUAUGGGCAGGAACAUGAAGAGAAACAAAAGAGAAAGAUUGAAAAAACCACUGUAUUAUAAUAUUUCAAAAAAGUAACAUCUUCGUCGAUAGGAUGAUUUAUUAAAUUAAUGCUCUGAUGAAAGAGAGAUUCUAUAUUGAAAUGCUUUCCUAAUGCAUAUCUCAACUAGUCAUAGAAACUCUACUACCUGCUUUGGCAACAGUAAAUUUUAAUGUAAGAAAUCCAAUUUGUUCCAAUUGAGGUGAAGGACUGAAGCAACAGAUGGAACUGAUGAAUCAAAAUUAUGUUCAGUGCUCUAAUUCAUAAGUUGUUCAAUGGGUUUUGACAGAAAUAUUUCCUGUAAUAGCAAAGUUUUGAUCAUGGUGAGCGUUUGUAGAAAAUUCAAAUGAGAUAUUCAAUCUUACUCAUUUUUCUACCUCAGUUGUUUCUGUGAAAUCAUAAACAUUGACUAAGGAAAAAAAUCCAGCUAACAAAUUUGUUUUAACUCAAAAUUAUCUUUCAUCAAACUAACUGAAAAAUGAAUGUUUUAUUAAGGUCUUAAAAUUAAGACAUAUUUUUUUAAAAUAACACAUUUGUAUUUAUUUUAUAUUCCAUUCUUCCCCCAAUACUCAAGACUUGAUUUGCAGGGACCAUAUAUACAGUUUGUGUUAGCUUUACAGUGUUGUGUGAAUCUACUGUGAUUAAAAAGAAAAGACUUAAGCCCUUUUUGUAACUUGUUUGUUGUAGGGUACCCUAUGUUAACAACAGUUUAGCUUAUCCAGUUGCUGGCCUAGAAUCUAAUAGCCUUUAGUUCUCUAGACUAUUAGGAUUAACCUCAAAAUAUAAAAAACAGGUUUUGUUUUAAAAACCCAUGAAGUAAGGGAAAUUAGCAUUCCCAUUCCACAUGCAGACCUUGAGAUCCAAUGAGUACAAAACUGGAUUUUUUUCCCCAGAUAAUUUUUACAUAAAUGAAAAACUGUACAAAGUGGGGGAAAUCUAUCAAAAAUUGGUUACCUUUCUUUCUGUUGUCUGGGUUUUAUUGACUUAUAUGAAUUUACACAUAAUUAACAUUAAGCCACAUUGUGAUAAUUCUUUAAAUGUGUUACAGUAUGUUUCAAGCUGUAAUUUUCUAAAUGUGUUAACAGUGUUUCAUGCAAUAGAUAUUGUAACAAUGCUGCAAAAAAUACCUGUAUCUCAUAAAAACAGAUUUUGCUGGCAAGAAGGGCCUAGAUUGAAAGUGCAAUUGUAUGUAUUUCCAAAUAAAUAAAGUUUCCCUGAAUUUUCAAUGAGUCCCAAGUAAUAGGUAAAGGAUUACAAAUGAACAAGUCUCUGUCUGAUCCAGUAGAAAUUGUUGAGUAUUUUAUAUUAAGCCCUAUUAAUUGCUUAUGCUGAUUCUGUAAACUGCGUAGAGAGGGCUGUAAAGCACUGCGAAAUGGUAUAUAA